AUGGAAGCCGAUCAACAAAGACUCUUCCGAUUGCCUUUUAAGUUCCCCAGCUCUGCUAAAGCUAGAUCGAUAGGAGUGUAUAUAUCCGGCGGAUUGUAUGCGGUAGGAGCAUGGUGUUUUUUAGACGCUGCCAUAUACUCCAGAAAGGCUAACGCAUCUUCUGUGCACGUCACAUUUGUGGACUGGAUCCCAUUCAUAUGCAGUACUAUGGGUAUGAUUAUUGUAAACUCGAUCGAGAAGAACAGGCUCAUACAAGACGCUUUGGGGUCAGGAUCUUUCAACGGAUCGUCUUCGAUGGCGUGGCAAGCACGCGUGGUUCUUUUCCUUGGGUUUGCACUACUGGCAGGCGGUAUUUCUGGAUCCAUCGUAGUGCUUAUACUCAAGUUCCUGAUCAAAGACUUUACAUCGUAUCCAACUCUGGGGAUGGGUGUGAACAACGUGGUGGGUAAUUUCUGUGUUGCCUUGAGCUGUGUGGUCUUGUGGAUAGCACAGAAUGUCGAGGAUGAGUACUCUUAUUCGUUAACCCUUUGA